CCCGCGCUCGAAAACCCCCCUUCCUCGAGCAGUAGCCACUCGACGCAAAGCAGCUCAGGAAGCUACCGCUUCGUCGCCAGCCCUAGCUCAUCCACAGACCCCGGUGGCCGCCUCCUCACCACCUUGUUCUCGGGAACCGGCUUGUUCGGUGGACUCCCAUCAACCGUAAAUGUAGGUCUUUACGCUGCCAACUCACGCGACAAUGCCAAUGCCACCCCCACUCCCUCCACUUCCACUCCUACCCCUAACCCCCCCUCCUCUUCAUCUAUCCCAUCCGCCACUAUUAACCCUGACUCUUCCUUCCUUUCCCCCCGCCGCCCUCCUCCAAUCCCACACCCCACAACCUCCAUCUACGACCCCGCCUCUCCUCCUCUUCCCCCCACCAACCCCUCCUCCAAAACCCCAUCUGUGGAUUAGGAAAGUUUUUCUUUUUUUUCUUUUCGGGCGGAGUGAAAGGUGGGGUAUGUGA